AUGGUAUUGUUAAACGCCAUCAUCGGCACGUCGUUGAAACCGGCCUUACUCUUCUUGCCAAAUUUCAUGUCCCACAAAAAUUUUAGCAUUUUGCCAUUGACACCACCACCUACCUCAUUAAUCGAAUGCCCACUCGAACCAACUCUAAUACCUCACCCUUUGAACUCGUUUUUCACUACCCACCCUGACUACUCGUUUUUGCGUAUAUUUGGGGUCAAUGUUUUCCUCACUUACGCCUAUACAACAAUAAUAAAAUGGACGGCCGCUCCACAUAUUGUGUCUUCCUUGGCUACAUCCACUCCCAUCACGACUAUCGUUGUUAUGACCCUUUCACCGAACGAAUCUAUUUCAUUCACCAUGUCCGCUUCAAUGAACAUUCUUUUCCUUUCGUUAAACCCGUUCUCUCUCCGGAACCCUCUAGUUUCACCAUACCCUACUACUCCUCUUAUCCUACAUCUCCCAAUCCUUCACCUCAGAUACUCAAUACCGACCAUACACCGCCCGUGUACUCUCCUAUCCACACCUAUAAUGGUCGUUCCCAUAUACACCCCUCCACUUCGGCUUUCGAGGCUUAUAACCAACCUUAUACCGACUCCCUUACCGUCCCCUCCCCUUCCACCACUACUAAAUCAUAUCCUAAACCUGCUACUUUCGAACCCACUGUUCCCGAACCGAAUACCACCACCCCAUCUCUUUCUUACUCAGAACACACCUCUACUUCCCGUACCUGCUCUCCCAAUCUUCGACAAUACCCCAAACCUAAUCCCAAAUACAAUGUAUCCUCCUUUCACACUAAAACCUCUACUCCUCAUACUGAACCACCUCCUUUGA